CUCGCCCAUGGCAGGAGGGAGCAUCUCAGAUGGGGAAGGAAAUCAAUGAGUGGCGCCACUGAUUAAAGGGCCCACUAGGGGCUUGGGGUGGACGGAGCAGCAAGCCAGGCUCUGAAGCUGGGCUUGGCUGACCUCAGAUUCUGGCUCCGCCAUUAUUUUCUGAGAUUCAAGGGGUUGUAGCUUUAGGACGAUGCUGGUACCCCUGGAUGGUUGUGAAGUUUACGGGAGGUGUACAGAAGCCCUGCCCUGUUCCUGCCAUCUGUGGGUCCAGCCCAGAUGCUAAGCCCCUGGAUUGCUGUCGGGGCAGCCUCUUUAGAGACGUGCCCUGGACUCGAGCAGCCUCUUAGGACAUCUGCCUUCCCUCCGGGUUAGUUUCACUAGAAACACACACACGUGUAUACUGAGCGUGUAUACUGAGGGCUCAGAAAUGACGGCAGUGUCAGCCAAGUUGGUGUUGUGGGCAAAAGCAUGAGGUGGAAGGAAACCAGAGCUUGAAUCUCACUUCUGCCCAGUAUUGACUAUGUGACCCCGCUCUGAAGUUUCACUUGACUGUAAAGUGGAGAGGAUAACGCUCCCCUCGCGGGUUAGGAAGACUGAAGGAGGUGGCAGGUGGGCAGGCAGUUGGCGCAGGUGUGCUGGUUCUGUACCCUGCCGUUCACCAGACUCACUGAUGGGGUAUCUAAAAAUAUGGGUGCCCAGGCCCCACCCCAGACCCAUUACAUCUGCAUCUCCAGGGUGCAGCCCAGACAUUUGUACUGUGGAAAAACUCCCCCAUGGGACUUCCCUGGUGGUCCAGUGGGUAAGACUCUGCGCUCCCAAUGCAGGGGACCCGGGUUCAAUCCCUAGUCAGGGAACUAGAUCCCGCAUGCAUGCCACAGCUAAGAGUCCUCAUGCUGCAACUAAAAGAUCCCACAUGCCGCAGCAAAGAUCCCGUAUGCCACAGCUAAAACCUGGCGCAGCCAAAAUAAAUAAACAAAUAUUACAAAAAAAAAAAGAAAGAGAAAGCGAAGGCAAGCUCCCCAGGGAAUUCUGAAGCACGUGAAGUUGACCUUGGUAUAUUGAAUUACAGUUGAACAAUGCAGGGUUAGAGGCACUGACCCUCUGCACCACUGAGAAUCUGAGUGUAAUUUACAGUCUGCCCUCCAUAUACACGGUUUCUCUGUAUACCCAGUUCCUCUGUCUCCACGGUUCUGCAUCCAAGGAUCCAACCAACCUGGGAUCAUGCUGCACUGCAGUAUUUACUACUGAAAAAAAUCUGUGUUGGGACUGAACCAGUUUUCAGACAUGAGCUUUGCUGAAUUAAAACGCAAGUAUCUUUGGUCAGAACCUCAGAAUUGCUCAGCCACCAAAGGUAACUACCUUCGGGGUACUGGCCCCUACCCACCCUCCACGGACUGGCGGAAGAAAGGAAAUUUUGUCUCACCAGUGAAAAAUCAGGGCAGCUGCGGCAGUUGCUGGACCUUCUCCACCACCGGGGCCCUGGAGUCUGCUGUCGCCAUAGCAACUGGGAGGCUGCCCUCUUUGGCCGAGCAGCAGCUGGUGGACUGCGCCCAGAACUUCAACAAUCACGGCUGCCAAGGGGGUCUCCCCAGCCAGGCCUUCGAGUACAUCCGGUACAACAAGGGCAUCAUGGGUGAAGACACCUACCCCUACAAGGGCCAGGAUGGUGAGUGCAAGUUCCAGCCCAGUAAGGCCAUUGCUUUUGUCAAGGAUGUGGCCAACAUCACAAUGAACGACGAGGAGGCGAUGGUGGAGGCGGUGGCCCUGUACAACCCUGUGAGCUUUGCCUUCGAGGUGACUGAUGACUUUCUGAUGUACAAAAAGGGUGUCUACUCCAGUACUUCCUGUCAUAAAACUCCAGAUAAAGUAAACCACGCAGUCCUGGCUGUUGGGUAUGGAGAAGAAAAUGGGACACCCUAUUGGAUCGUGAAGAACUCUUGGGGUCCCCAGUGGGGAAUGAAGGGGUACUUCCUCUUGGAGCGCGGGAAGAACAUGUGCGGCCUGGCAGCCUGCGCCUCCUACCCCAUCCCCCUGGUGUGAGCCGGGGCUGCAGCAGCAGCAGCAGCGACUGGUUGGUGGAUGGAGGGAGGACCGGGCAGCCUGGGGCCUAAAACCCUGCCCUGGAGGAAGUGAGCAGUGGGAGACCCCCCGCCAGGGCCCCGAGCCUGGAAACCCAAAGAAAACGAUGAGGAAGAAUUCCAUGGAGCAACAAGCCCACGCACGUCUUCUGACACAGAGGUCACCACCAGCCAUGUGCCCUUAAGCAUGGUUUUUAACUGACUCAGCGCCACAUGGACCAAGAAUGUUUUCUUCCCAGAAGGGCUGCUUUUCCCAUUUGGAGGAAGCUCCACUGACAGUCUUUUCUGUGGUCUUUAUUGAAUAAACCUUCCGUGAGCACC